UAGUAACUGCCCAACUUCCGCUUUUACAUUAAGCCGCCCGUACAUAGCGGGGAGCACAAGUCUGAGAAUCUCAUUUGGGGGCAGAGAAGCAGGAGAAUAAGGAGAGAAGAGCAGAGGAGACAUAAAUGAGAUACAUAAAUAGAAUGUAAUGCAAGAGGAGAGAAGAGCAUCAUGUCAGGAGAGAGAGGAGAAACAAUGAGAGAAAGAGAAGAAUCCUUCCAUGGAACAGGACAGAGAAGGAUUUAAUGAUGGAUUCAGCUCAACCCAGUGUGAUCUAACAGAUACAAUCUGAUUGGCCGCUCACUGCCUUGGGAACACCAAUAAACAUCAGGAUGCGGCACAUACAGGCUCAGAUUUGCCAACAUGGAUUUGUGGUUCUGUUCUUUCUCUUGCCCUUGCCUGGGAAGGGAGCUGAUAGGGACCAAACCCCAGGUUAUACUCUAUCUGCCCAACCAGUGUUGGUGGCAUCUGGCCUCUGUGUGGAAAUUCCCUGUAAUUUUACUGUUCCUGCCAGUAGAACCUUAUCUAGAAGUGUCACAGGGAUUUGGAGGAGAACAGAGACUCCUGACAUUGUUGCAGCCUCUACAGAGGCCUCUAUGGUUUCUGAGGGAACAAAAGGCCGAUUCACCCUGACUGGGAAAGUACAUGAAGGAAACUGCUCAUUCUCUAUCAGCAAUGCCCGACCAGCCGAUCAAGGGUUCUAUGAAUUCCGAAUUGAAGACGGAAAACAUAGAUAUUCCUAUCAGUGGAACAGGCUCAGAGUGAGUGUGACAGAUCUACCAGAACCUACUAUAUCCCCUGUGGGGGAGCUGAUUGCUGGGAAGCCAAUAACACUGACUUGUACGGCUCAUCCAGCACCUCAAGGGUGCAAGGGAAACAUCACAUGGGGAGGAAGGAUAAACAUAGAGAACAUAUAUAACUAUGAGCGGGAGGAUCAGGCUGGUAAAGUCACCUCCAUAUCAGAUAUCACUGUUACUCCAUCCCAGAGAGAGCACAAUAGCCCCCUAACAUGUACAGUGACUUACAGUGGGGUCUCCACUAACAGCAGCAUCACCCUGGAUGUUCAGUAUCCUCCUUCACUGACAAUCACAGUUCCAGGACACAAUGGAACUUAUGAAAACAAAUCAGUGACUGUGAUAGAGGGAGACACAAAGCGUCUCCGAUGUGAAGUAAACAGCAACCCAGUGGCCGAUGUUUCCUGGUGGAGAGGAGAUGAGAUUCUUAGUGAAACAUCUGGGCAGGGUCUGACUCUUGCCCUUCAGAAUGAUUACAUUGCUGAUACUGUAACCUACACGUGCUUAGCAAGGAAUACUCAUGGGUCCGUCUCUGGGACUGUUAGUGUCACUGUAGCAUCUCUCACACAUGACAAGAAGACCAACCAUCUUAUAAUAUUAAUGAUACGGGGACUUUCCAUCUUAGCCCUCUCUGGUAUUAUAGCAGUGCCAGCAGUUUUGGUGAUGAGAUGCAGGAAAAAGAGAAGGCAACGACAGGCUGAAGACAAUCAAAAAUCAUCACCAGAAAAUUAACAAGUGGUUUACAGAAUAGGAGGGGCAAUUGAUCAGAGUCAUUAUGGUUAUGUACUGUGUUAUUGUGUUACUGUUGUACAGCCCAGCUGCAAGCACAGCCCCCCUGAGUCCCAUUCCCCCCUGAGUCCCAUUCCCCCCUGAGUCCCAACUCCCUAUCCCCCCUUCUGCAGAGCCUGGGAAUAACGUGUGUCUGUAAGGGAUUAAAAACAACCCCCCCGUCCUUUGUCUUAUUAUUCUGACUCAGUCUUGCUCAAAAGUGUUUAAAUCCCCUUUAAACCUCAUUUUUAUGU